AUGGGCUCCCUUGAAGAUAUCACACGGUCUUUCAAGCUACUGGAUGUAGCCAUCAUCGGUGCUGGGCUUGGUGGACUCACCGCCGCGUUGGCGCUCCGACGCGCCGGGCAUCAAGUCACCCUCUAUGAACGCUACGACUUCGCUGGCGAGGUGGGCGCGUCGCUCUCGGUAGCAUCUAACGGUUCGCGAUGGCUUCAAAAAUGGGACCUUGAUAUGGAGGGCGUGAAACCCGUGGUGCUGCGGAACCUCAUCAUGCGAGAAUGGGAGACAGGCAAGAUAGUCAAGCAAUACGGGCUCGGCGACUACAAGGCCAAGUUCGGAUCGGAGUACUACAAUUUCCACAGGAUCGACAUGCAUCAAGCCUUACAAAUGGCCGUCCAACAAAAAAGCGGACCGGGUCCAUCAUGCAAGAUUGUAAAGAACCACAAGGCGCUCAACGUGGACGCGCAAACCGGCACGGUUGAGUUCGAGAACGGGGGGACGGUCAAUGCCGACCUGAUCAUCGCAGCCGACGGCAUCAGAUCCCUGACCCGGACCGUCAUCGGCGUUCAGCCUGAGUUCGGGCUCUCCACGUCAUGCUGCUACCGGUGUAUCAUCAGCGCAGCCGAACUGCGGAAGCUUGGCAUGACAGAAUUCAUCACCAACGACGCCAUUGAGUUCUGGGGCGGUUUUGGCAUGGACAAAAUCGUGCUUUCGGCCUGCCAUGGUAACGAGGUUAUCAGCUGCUACUGCUUCUUCCCUGCCGAACGCAACGGCCUCGACCGCGACGGAUGGAAUAUCAGCGCCACGCCGGAGGAGCUCUGUGCAACAUUCCCUAACCUCGACCCAAAGAUCAAAACGCUGUUCAUGCAUGCUGAAGACAUCAAGAUGUGGCGUCUUUAUGUGCAUCAGGAAUACCCGUACUGGGUCAAGGGCCGGGUUGGGCUCCUUGGUGACGCGGCCCAUCCGAUGUUGCCAGACCAGAGCCAAGGAUACUGCCAGGCCAUCGAGGACGCAGCAGCUUUGGGCGUGCUUUUUGGCCCAGACUGCUUUGAUGGCAACGUUGAGAAAACGCUAAAGAUGUACCAGACAGUUAGGAAAGAGAGAGCUACGCGUGUCCAGACUGCCAGCGCAAAGGCUAGGACCGACCUGAAUGAAAGGAUCGGCUGGAGCACUGGACUGGAGAAACCAGGAAAGCUUACCAUCGAGGAGGUGUGCUCAUACGACCUGGAAGCCCAUGCCAAGGAAGUAGUACGGCAGUCAAGAUUAUAA